CACAGGCUUCGUCCCUCUGCUGGUGUCUGCGUUGCUCGUGUCUGUACUGCCCGCUUCGCUACAGCAUGUUGCGCGCCGCAGCCAGCCUCGGGCCCCGUCUGGGCCGCCGCCUCCUGUCGGCCGCCGCCACCCAGGCGGUGCCUGCCCCGAACCAGCAGCCCGAGGUUUUCUACAACCAGAUCUUCAUAAACAAUGAAUGGCAUGACUCUGUCAGCAAGAAAACAUUCCCCACAGUCAAUCCUGCCACUGGAGAGGUCAUCUGUCAGGUAGCUGAAGGGGACAAGGAAGAUGUGGACAGGGCAGUGAAGGCUGCCCGGGAUGCCUUCCAGCUGGGCUCGCCCUGGCGCCGCAUGGAUGCGUCCUACAGGGGUCGGCUGCUGAACCGCCUGGCUGAUCUGAUUGAACGAGACCGAACCUACCUGGCGGCCUUGGAGACCCUGGACAACGGCAAGCCUUAUGUCAUCUCCUACUUGGUAGAUUUGGACAUGGUUCUCAAAUGUCUUCGGUAUUAUGCUGGCUGGGCAGAUAAGUACCAUGGGAAAACCAUUCCCAUUGAUGGGGACUUCUUCAGCUACACCCGCCAUGAACCUGUGGGGGUAUGUGGGCAGAUCAUUCCGUGGAACUUCCCACUCCUGAUGCAAGCCUGGAAACUGGGCCCAGCCCUGGCGACUGGAAAUGUGGUUGUGAUGAAGGUAGCUGAGCAGACGCCCCUCACUGCCCUUUAUGUGGCCAACUUGAUCAAGGAGGCUGGCUUUCCCCCCGGCGUGGUCAAUAUUGUUCCUGGAUUUGGCCCCACAGCUGGGGCUGCCCUCGCGUCCCACGAGGAUGUCGACAAAGUGGCAUUCACGGGUUCCACCGAGAUCGGCCGCGUAAUCCAGGUUGCUGCAGGGAGCAGCAACCUCAAGAGAGUGACCCUAGAACUGGGUGGCAAGAGCCCCAAUAUCAUCAUGUCUGAUGCUGAUAUGGACUGGGCUGUGGAGCAGGCCCACUUCGCCUUGUUCUUCAACCAGGGCCAGUGCUGUUGUGCUGGCUCCCGGACCUUUGUGCAGGAGGACGUUUACGAUGAGUUUGUGGAGCGCAGCGUCGCCCGGGCCAAGUCUCGGGUAGUUGGGAAUCCCUUCGACAGCAGGACGGAACAGGGGCCACAGGUGGAUGAGACUCAGUUUAAGAAGAUCCUUGGCUAUAUCAAUUCUGGGAAGCAGGAGGGAGCAAAGCUGCUGUGUGGUGGGGGGCCUGCUGCUGAUCGUGGCUAUUAUAUCCAGCCCACUGUGUUUGGAGAUGUGAAAGACGGGAUGACCAUUGCCAAGGAAGAGAUCUUCGGGCCAGUGAUGCAGAUCCUGAAGUUCAAGACCAUAGAGGAAGUUGUUGGGAGAGCCAACAAUUCCAAGUAUGGGCUGGCAGCGGCCGUCUUCACAAAGGACUUGGACAAGGCCAAUUAUCUGUCCCAGGCCCUGCAGGCUGGCACAGUGUGGAUCAACUGCUAUGAUGUGUUUGGGGCCCAGUCACCAUUUGGCGGCUACAAGAUGUCAGGGAGUGGCCGGGAGCUGGGCGAGUAUGGUCUGCAGGCGUACACCGAAGUGAAGACUGUCACAGUCAAAGUUCCCCAGAAGAACUCAUAAAGAACCAGCUGGCUUCUUUCCUCAUCGAGUGACAGAAAGUUCGGCAAGAUCAGCAGCAAAACCAAGAAAAAUGACCCAUGCACGCUAAAAGUCUCAA